CUUGUCUCAGGUUUGGGGCGCACAUAUAUAACUCUUGUCUCUAUAAUACGAAGUACAUGCAGCAUUUAACACCGCCAUCUACAUGUACUCUUCAUUAUUCAAUUGAUUUAUUCUUCCAUUUCAUAGGAAACCGAAGCAUCUGAAAAAUCGUUUAUUGCGAUGCGGGACACUACAGGCAGCAGUGGUCAAGUGGUAGAAAAUGAAGUUGAUGAAUACGGGAAGGCAGUCACCUCCAUAUACCACGCUACUAAUAUCUGUUUUAAUAUUUUUGAACACCUUAUAUCCGUAGUCAAUGCUGAUUCCCUCACUAAACACAUGCUCUUGGUAUCAGAUAUAGAACCUGAGGAAAAAAUGAAAGGAAUACCUCGAGAUGUUACAGGUAUUCGCAAUAGCUUCGUUCUUUGGGUUGAUCACACUAAGGCUUUAGCCACCGCCGGUGCCUCUUUGGACGACAGGCUCCAAGAGGAUGAUAAGAUCAAAGAUACGGUAGUAGCAUUACUGGAGAUGAUAGAAAGAAAUCUCAACCGCUUAAGACAGAACUGUGGCAAGAAUCCAACGUUUCUUGACGAGGAGUCCCAACGAUGGCUGACUUCGAUCGAUUCGGCUCUCAACAGGUUAAAUGAACUAGCCAGAGCCAUAAGUAAAAAUUCUAUUAAGCCGCAAGAAGAACUCGUCAUAUUUACCAGCAACGAAGAUAAGGUUUUUCAUGAAAAGGUUAUUGCGCAUAUCAAGUCGAAAUUCCCAAAAGCAAGGCCAAGCCUCAGGGAAUAUAUGGGUGCCCGUAUUGUCGCUCGGCGACGAACACUGAUGCUUAAGUGCCGACGCGCAAAUAAGUCAAAAGCAACGCAGAAUGAAGGCUAUGCGGAAGUUGAAUAUCCAGAUAUGCCACAAACAAAGCCUGGCGAGACCCAUUUUCAAUGUCCAUACUGCUUAAAACAACUGCAAGUAACUGAGCUAAAAGAGAGAAAUGAUGAGUACUGGAGGUAAGACUGUGCGGUUAUUUUCAUUUUACAAAAGAUCUGGCUGCUAAUCAAUAAUUUCAGACUGCACAUAAAUCAAGACCUUCUACCGUACAUAUGUCCCUUCACGAGCUGUCCAGGCUCUAUGUUCGCUCACCAAGCCCACUGGAGCAGUCACAUGGCCAUAGUCCACUCCAAAGAAUGGCCUAGAAAAGUGCAUUCUAGGAUAUGGGAUUGCAACCUUG